AUGCCCGCACAAACUCCACUCAAAAAAGCUCUCAUCAUCACGUCUUUCAUCCUAUCCGCAGCUUCCAUCUUCCUCUGUUUCCUUUCCGAGCACUUCUACAAUGUCUCAAUCAACGUGACACUCUCCAUCUUCUAUUCAACUUUCGCAUAUUUUGCGAGACAUCGCAGAGGCUUGAUUUUGCUCGCAUUCAUCGAGCUUGCCAUCUUCACCCUUGUACUCUGCAUGGUGGGAGCUGUCUUCAUAGAUGGAGAAGCUAUGAAAGUCGGACAAUUCGAGGAAUGGGUUCUCUUCGGAAGCUUCGCUGGUCUUAUUUUCCACUUCUCAUUAUUUUGUGCCAAUGGUGUCGACGACGAUGAAGAGGAGCCACACAUCGAGGAGAGAUACCAACGACUCGUCCAUUUCACACCAAUCGAGCCAACUAUCGCAAAUGAGUACGCAGGUCCAAUGUUUUGA